UUAAACAAGAAGAAGAAAUAAAAAAUCAAAUUUGUCCCGCCAAAAUGAAAGAGAACCAAACGCCAUUAAAAGAACUCUCGCGAUCAUCAUCCUCUUCCGCUCGCAAAUUCAAAGAGUCUCAAUUGAAGAAGCCACAAAAGAUCGCAAAGAAAAGCUUGAGCGGUGUGUUUUCUUCGGCCGCCGAAGUUGUUUCGCCGGAAAUCAACAUUAACGAAUUGAGUGAUUUCUCUCCAGUUUCAGACAUCUCUGAUGCUUAUCACUGUGGCCAAACAGCACAAAUCUCCGUGUCGCCUUUAAAUCCGGCUCCUUGGGCUUCGACAGACACAUUAUCUGUCUUUGAUCUUACUCCGACUUCAGAAAUCAGCACCAUCACGGACAGACCAGGUUCCGUCGAGAAAUAUGGACUCGGCAAACUAUGCGGUUCAAAGAUCGGUCCAGUGGAGGGGUUGGAGGCAGAUGUUGCGGUGAAGCUUCUAAAAGAAGCAAGAGUUGAGGUUUUGGAUUCUGAUGUUCGGUCAAAGAAGUUUCUAGAUGCAUUGACGAAGGCUGUUAUGGAUGAGUAUUGUACACUGCCUGAAGAGAAAGACUGGAUGACUGACCUUGUUUCCAUGAAAGGGCGCAUUGUGUGCUUGUGUUUCUUGAUCUGGAGCUUUGUGGUGUCCACGAUGUUCUUGUUUGGUUCGGGAUUGAGUAGCUCUGCUGGUGGACCAUUGCCCACUUGAAAGAUUGCAUGGAAAGGUUGUGAUUCGUGCU